AUGCCUGCAUCAUGGCUUGCCCCGGAAGGUCCGCUGGCACGCCUCCCUAAAGAGCUGUUCAUCUACAUUGGCGCGUUCUUAAGCUCAGACGCCGACUUCAACGCCCUCGCCCAAACAAACUCAACGUUCCACCAUCUGCUCAACAAGCAACUUUACCGGCGCAACGUCACACGCAGCCAUGCGUCGGCAUUAUUCUGGGCCGCGACGCACGGCUGCCGCUCCACAGCCGCCCAGGCCAUCGAAGCGGGCGCGGACGUCCAAGCCACAACCGACAUUGACCCGCGCAUCAAAGGCAGCACAUCACUGAUGCUAGCCGCGGUUCACGGGCAGCACUCCGUGCUUACUCUCCUGCUUUCGCACGACGACAUUAACCCCAACUCACGCGACCGCAAAUACAUCCGGCCGCCGCUGGGCUGGGCCAUCAAGGAGGGCCACCGCGACAUUGUCGAGACGCUCCUGGGCGACGACCGCGUCGACGUCAACCUCCAGGACAAAUCAGGUGAUACCCCGCUUAUGAUCGCUGUUAUCCACCGGCCCGCUUUACUCACAUUACUGCUGUGCAGCCAGCGGGCCGAUCCGCGCAUCGGGAAUCGGCAGGGGAACACGCCGCUGUCGCGAAUAUCGCGGCAACACGAGGAAGAUGCCGGCUUGCUGCUGGCUACGCACCUGCGUCUGAUUCUCGACGGCGACAACUCGGCGGCGCAUUGUCAGCAUGUGUUCUUCUAUGCGGCUAUCAUGGGCCAUGUCGAGAUCGUCGCGUAUCUGGUCUCGUUUUUUGGCGAGAAGCUCGACCCCAACUGUAACGACCAAAUGUACGGACGGGGCGCAUUUACCAUUGCCGCGUCAUCGGGCCGCGUCGACGUCGUGCGGUUCUUGCUGUCGUGGAAACCAACGAACCCGAAUUUACGCGAGCCGUGGAAGCAGCACACGCCGCUGUUUGUAGCGGCCAUGAACGGGCAGCAGGAGAUCGUCGACGUGCUUGUUGGAAAUGACCGCGUCGAUCUGGAGAUACCCGAUGUAUACGGCACCACACCGCUAGGUGUCGCGGCUGACCGCAACCACCUGGGCAUUGUGAAGAAGUUACUCGCAGGCCCGCGACGAGCGAACCCGAAUGCGCGCGACGACAAUGGCCAGACGCCCUUGUUCAGUGCCGGGUUCUACGGCCAUCUAGAUAUUGUCCGCCUACUCCUCGAAGCGGAUGGGAUUGACCCGCAACUGGGCGACUCGGACGGACAGACCCCGAUGGAGGUGGCGGCCGAGAAUGGGAAUUACCAGGUCGUCGAGACGCUACGAAAGUACAUGGCUAAUGCAUCAUGA